CUGAAGCUAUUGUGCGCGGUGUACGGUGAAGGAUCGAGGUUCUAUGCGACAGUCGCUCGCGAUGCGAAAGUGGUCGAUCUGCAGGAGGUUAUCGCUGGCGUCCUGAGUACUGAACAAGACAAGAUUCCCCCUAGGCUUGUGGCGCUGUACUUGGCGCGGGGUACGGAUGGCAAGUGGCUGACGGAUGACCGCCAAGUGACGACGUUCCUGAAAGGCGGGAAGAGCACCAAGUACGAGGAGAUGCCGCCGUCCUGGAAGCUAUCUGGGGAGCUUCUCUUUGGUGCCAACUUU